UUCGGUUGGUUAAUGAAUCGAUUCUUCCAGCAGCGUGAAAACAAGCAGCAGCUCUACAGGAAACAGAGGGACAGCAAAGUUUUCUUCUUUAACAGACAUCAGAGAGGUGGAGGAGUGAGAGAGUAAAUGCUUGGAGUGAGAAAGUAAAUGUAGAAACUAAAGAAAUAAAGUGAGAUCAGCAUGCUAAACCCUGCUGCAAACGGGGAGUCUGUGCAUGUGCUCUCCAACUAUGUGGAGGAAUAUCUGGAGCUGGUGGAGUCUCUUCCUCUGGACCUUCAGAGAUGUGUUUCUCUAAUGAGGGAGAUAGAUGCAAAAUAUCAAGAGAUCCUGAAGGAGCUGAAUGACGUUUAUGAGAAGCACAAGCAGGAAUCGGAUCCCGUCCAGAGGCGGCGUCUCCUCCAGCACAUCCAGCGCUCUCUGAUCCGCACCCAAGAGCUGGGAGACGAGAAGCUCCAGAUCGCGGGACAGAUGGUGGAGCUGGUGGAGAACCGCACUCGUCAGUUCGAGUGGCAGGUGGAGCUUUUCCAGGCUUGUCAGAGUUCUCCGGAGAGCACCGUGUCCGUCGGGAGCAUCGCUUCCCCCACCGUGACUACAGUAAACGUGACGCCGCUAAACGUGACGCCGCUGAUGUCUCUGGGCAAAACGGGGACAGACAGAAAGCGGGAGGAGACACCAGGGUCGGGCGAUAAGGUGAGCGGGAAGCGCUCGCGGAGACAAAAGAGCGGCUCGGAAAACCGGGACAACUCCAAUUACGGUCUGGAGCACGGCGACGACACGGUGAGCGUCGUCACCCCGAAAGAGAAGAAAGCCCGGACGUCAUCGACGUCGUCGUCGAAAAAGAAAAAGAGGUCCAAAGCGAAGCAGGAGAGAGAAGCGUCUCCGACCGAUCUUCCCAUCGACCCGAACGAGCCGACGUACUGCCUGUGCGAGCAGGUCUCCUACGGAGAGAUGAUCUGCUGCGAUAACGACAAGUGCCCCAUCGAGUGGUUCCACUUCUCCUGCGUCGACCUGCAUCACAAGCCCAAGGGAAAGUGGUACUGCCCCAAGUGCAGAGGAGACAACGAGAAGACUAUGGACAAAACCCUCGAGAGGGCUAAAAAGGAGCGAGCCUACAGUAGGUAGUCUCUCUCUCUCUCUCUCUCUCUCUCUCUCUCUCUCUUUAUCUCUCUCUAUCUCUCUAUCUCUCUCUCACUCACACACACAGAGUGCCUUUUCACCAAGAGUUAAUAAACUCUAUAAAAAAAGUUAUACUCUAUAUAAAAAGUUCAGUUCAUUUUACACUUUGGAGGAGAAGAAGAAGAAGCAUUAAAGGAAAACACCAGCUUUAUUAUUAUUUUCUUCAUUCUAUAACUCUAUUCAGUACAUUUCUAGUGUGUGUGUGUGUGUGUGUGAGAUUGUUACGGACAAAAAUUCCUACAUUUUCCUUCAAAAGAAGAAAAAAAACCCCAGAAAACCUGUUUACUGAAUUAUAAUCAAAGUCUAAAGGAAGAUGUUGCAUUUUAAAAGUUGCUGUAAAUGAAGCGAUACGGAUUUUCAACAACUGACAUUCAAAUUCUGAUUUUCUCACCUGUAUGCAAAUUAGCUGUAACGCUCUAAAGAAGCGACAAAUCCAGUCAUUCAACUUGAACGAUUCCUCGGACACAACCUGCAAUCAGUUCCCGUUUACUGUUUGACGCACAACAACCGGAAAGAAAAACAUAGAACCGUGGUUUCACCUUCCGCUGUCGUAUACCAUCUCUCGUUAAAUACGUAUAGAGACAUUACGAAGAAAAUUAAAGCUCGGAAUGACGUAGCAGAGAUCGUUGGUAGCUUGUACAGCUAAUUCGCGUUGCUAAUCUAAUCAGAGAAUGAAGCUAGUGGACGAAAACAUUCAAAGCAGACGACCGAAUUUUACACCGAUUAGUGCGUUUGCGUUUAACUAGCUAGCUUUUGUAGCUGUGUACCGUUUAGUUUAUUGUAGCCACUACUGUUUCUCAUCUGAACUAAGAAAAGCGCUGGACAGGCCACGCCCACAAGUAACUUGUCGCUUCUAGUAGUGUGAACAUACAGUAUCUUAAAGAAAACAAACAAACAGCUGCUGCGUAUUUUAUUUUGGUGAGCAAUCCGAAAGAUCAUUAUAGUGUUAUUUUUAUGGUUUCAUUUCCAAGCAACAUUUUAAUCCGCAAUCAGUUCAGAAAAUAUCGUAUAAGUGAAUACGAAAAUUUAAAUAAGUAGUCGUUCGAUGUUUGAGAUGUUCUUUCGUUUGUUUUUUUUUAAUCCUAACUCCGUUACUGUUACUGUGUAGCGAGUUUGCGUUACAUAUUUUAAACUUUUUAUCGGCUGCGAUUUACGACUGAACUUCGACUUCCUUAUAACAGGUUCUGGUUUAUUUUUCUUCACUAUAGAGAAACGUAGAAAUUCUCGUUCCAGAUACACACACACACACACACACACACACACACACACACACACACACACACACAGGAAACUGGAGUUGUUUAAGGUUUCUGCAUUUGAAUCCAGUUGUAUUCAGUUACGCAUGAUCUCUUAAUGUACACAAUACUACCAUUUCAUAUAGAAAUUUUUUUCAUAUUCAUAUUCAGUGUCACAAUUACAAUAAAAUCAGAAUUACAUACA